AAGUACAGCUGAAAAUCUGGAUAAAGUUCUACCUCUACAGGGUGACAGCUGAGCUUUUAAAAAACAUUCUGACUUGUCUUGAGAGACCCCUGGCCUUUUUACAAAUAGAUUUUUGAGAGAAUUUGAUGUGGACAGAGGGAACCCUGAGAAUGCAUGUCUUUUUUCCCCUUGUGAAUUUACAGAGCAAGGACAGUUCAUUUCUCAGUUUUGUCUUUGCAGAGAGUGCUGCUUGGAGCCUCAUGGUGGACUUCUAGAGAUUGAAGUCACAGCCGUAGGCCCCAGUCACAAGUGUGCCCCCAGGCUUUGCCACGUUACUCACAAUCCUCUGGAGCUGAGAACAAGUGCGUGGCACUGAAAAACCUGGGGGAAGGGCCAUGAAACUCCAUUUUUUCCCCUUUCUGCAACACACAACGACUAAAUAUGAUUUGCCUUUUCUCCACCUUGCACACAACAAAUAUCUGAAGGCAAUUUAGGUCUCAGGGCCUGAAAUGAGUUAUAAAGAGUCAAGAGAUACAGUCCCAGGCCCCCACAGACUGAUGUGGGCUGGUCUUCGCCUGGAGAGGUAGCAACCAUCUCUUUGUUCCCACCCACAUGAGUAGCCGUUGUUGCAGAAGAUAAACCCCUCCCUGAGCCAGGCUGUGGCCAGAGGCUAACCCGGCCCCUGGCUUCGUUUGGAGGGCAGAUAACUGAAACCACAUAAGGCUUUGGAAUCCUGAGAAACAAGAAAUCCACCAACGGAGAAGGAUUUAUCAUCUGUUUCCUUUAAGGAGGGUGCAAAGUUGUUCUAACAGUUUCCGUUACAAGGGUACAAACUAGCCGCUCCCCCCAAUAGACGGUUUUGUUGAGUGCGCCUCUUUUUUUUUCUUCUUUUUUUGGCCCGACUUCCUAUGAGAGAAACUGCUUGGGUGAGGGAGGUGAAAGGAGCCCUGGAGGGUGUUCUCUGAGGUUUUCUUCACCAUCCUCAUUAGCCACCUGAGGUGGGGCUGAGGACUGAAGUAGGACAGAAGGUCUCUGGUAGCUAGAGGAGGGGAAAAUCAGGGGGAUCCCCCACUUUCUUCACACCCAGGACGCAGGGUGCCGCUGCCGGCCACAGAAACCCCAAGAAUGCUUUUCUUUGGCUAUUCAGAGGACAUCUAUUGUGUGUCAGGCCCUGUGCUGAGCUGUUGUUGCCUGACAGCAGGAAGAGCGCGGCUCUGGUUUCUGUGAAGAGGCUGCGGGUCAGCCCCCGACUACAAGAGCCUCGGCCCACACCGGGAACUCAGUGAACGUCAGCGGGAGCUGGGGCAAGAGCACUGACUCUGAGACAGCAGCCUCGGCUCACUAUUUGAAGGCGGGGUAGCGGGGGGCCUUGAAGGAGAGCGAAGUGCGAGAGAACUCUUCAGGUGUCACCAAGAGGCCUGAGGGAGCUCAAUCCUGGUAGCAACACCCCUGAAUUCCUGGUGGUGAGAGGAUGUGGCCCCAGGACCCAUCCCGGAAGGAGGUGCUGAGGUUUGCAUUCAGCUGCCGUAUCCUGACUCUGAUGCUGCAGGCCCUCUUCAAUGCCAUCGUCCCAGAUCACCAUGCAGAAGCCUUCUCUCCUCCUCGCCUGGCCCCCUCAGGCUUUGUGGACCAACUCGUGGAAGGUCUUCUGGGCGGCCUGUCUCACUGGGAUGCUGAACACUUCUUGUUCAUUGCUGAGCAUGGCUACCUGUAUGAGCACAACUUUGCCUUCUUUCCUGGUUUCCCCUUGGCCCUGCUGGUGGGGACUGAACUGUUGAGACCCUUACGGGGGUUACUGAGUCUACGCAGUUGCCUGCUGAUUUCGGUAGCAUCACUCAAUUUCUUGUUCUUCAUGUUGGCUGCAGUUGCACUUCAUGACCUGGGUUGUCUGGUUUUGCACUGUCCCCGCCAGUCCUUUUAUGCAGCUCUGCUUUUCUGUCUCAGCCCUGCCAAUGUCUUCCUGGCAGCUGGUUACUCAGAAGCUUUGUUUGCCCUCCUGACAUUCAGUGCCAUGGGGCAGCUGGAGAGGGGCCGAGUCUGGACUAGUGUACUCCUCUUUGCCAUUGCCACUGGGGUACGCUCCAACGGGCUGGUCAGUGUUGGCUUCCUCAUGCAUUCUCAAUGCCAAGGCUUUUUCUCUUCUCUAACGAAGCUGAAUCCUCUGAGACAGCUCUUUAAGCUGAUGGCCUCUCUGUUUCUGUCGGUGUUCACACUUGGCCUUCCCUUUGCCCUCUUUCAGUAUUAUGCCUACACCCAAUUCUGUCUGCCAGGCUCAGCCCGCCCCAUUCCUGAGCCUUUGGUACAGUUAGCUGUAGACAAGGGCUACCGGACUGCAGAGGGAAAUGAACCGCCUUGGUGCUUCUGGGAUGUUCCACUAAUAUACAGCUAUAUCCAGGAUGUCUACUGGAAUGUUGGCUUUUUGAAAUACUAUGAGCUCAAGCAGGUGCCCAAUUUUCUACUGGCUGCACCAGUGGCUAUACUGGUUGCCUGGGCAACUUGGACAUACGUGACCACCCACCCUUGGCUCUGCCUUACACUUGGGCUGCAAAGGAGCAAGAACAAUAAGACCCUAGAGAAGCCCGAUCUUGGAUUCCUCAGUCCUCAGGUGUUUGUGUACGUGGUCCACGCUGCAGUGCUGCUGCUGUUUGGAGGUCUGUGCAUGCAUGUUCAGGUUCUCACCAGGUUUUUGGGCUCCUCCACUCCUAUUAUGUACUGGUUUCCAGCUCACUUGCUUCAGGAUCAAGAGCCGCUGUUGAGAUCCUUAAAGACUGUGCCUUGGAAGCCUCUUGCAGAGGACUCCCCACCAGGACAAAAGGUCCCCAGAAAUCCUAUCAUGGGACUUUUGUAUCACUGGAAAACCUGUUCUCCAGUCACACGAUACAUUCUAGGCUACUUCCUGACUUACUGGCUCCUGGGACUACUCCUACAUUGCAACUUCCUGCCUUGGACAUGACCUGGACUCUCCAGGGACAGGUUGGAAGCCAACUUAACCCAGGGGUCUGAAAGUAAAAAUACACAUUGGAACUGCCUCUGCUGCCCUGGGAUCAUUACUGUGUCCAUUAUAAUCUUUCUCUUUCUCUUUGAAAGCUGGUCAGGAAUGGGAGAAGUGUCAGCCACUAGAGAGCCCCUUCCAAUCCUGGCUAGGGCAAAUUUUAGACAACUAUUUUCUCUGUAAGUGAAGAUUGUCAUAUUCCAAGUCUAAAAUACACCUGGAUCUGUCUAGUCAAUCAACAUAGCAGAGACAGUCUUAAACGUACCAUUGACCUGUGUGUAAAUUUAAAUGUCAAUUUAUUGAAGUGUAAAUUUCAUCAAAGGCAUUAGCUGACAGGCUGGUAACAGUCCACAUAAGAUGGUACAGGCCUGAACAGUAUAGUGGCAGUAAUAAAGUGGGACCAUUUUUUCCAAAUGGGACAUUGUUUCUGAUGUUUUUUUUAUGAUUUGUGCAUGUAUUUUUAUAUGAAAAAAACUUACAAAGAUAUGCAAAUUAAACUUCUUUCAGUUAUACAUGCAA